GCCGCCGUUUUCGAGAUCUCCAUCAACACCUUCAGCAGUCUUGUGGCGGCCUCCGCAUCACCGGCCGGCGUUCGAGCCACCAUCUCGUAUCCCAGAGCCAGAAGCGCGUCUCCAGUCAUAAGCUCUGUUCCGAGGGAGAAUUCGGUGAGGGGAUGGUGGCUGAUGACGGCGUUGUGGGCGUGUCUGACGGCGUGGAUGAGUUGGAGGGCGCAGGCAGCGUUAAUGGCAAGGUUAGGGUCUCCGCCGACGAGUUCGGAGGCGGCGAGGCAGAGGGAAGGGGCGAUGGUCGGGGGAGUGGAGGAGGAGAGGAGGCGGUGGAUUGGGGUCUUGACGGAGGGGUGGAGAGUGGAAAUGGCGGUGCCGGCGGCGGAAAGGAGGAGAGGAUUUAUGUUUCGGUGAGGGUUAGACCUCUCAGUUCCAAGGAAAUUGAGAGAAAAGAUCCAUCAGAUUGGGAGGUCAUCAAUAACACUACUAUCAUAUUUAAGAACAAUCUCCCAGAUAGGUCUAUGUCUCCCAGCGCUUAUACAUAUGAUAGAGUCUUUGAUUAUAAUUGUGACACGAGAAAAGUUUACGAGGAGGGAGCAAAGGAGAUUGCUCUUUCUGUACUCAGUGGCAUCAACUCAAGCAUUUUUGCUUAUGGACAAACCAGCAGUGGAAAGACUUACACAAUGAAUGGAAUAGCAGAGUACUUUGUGGAAGAUAUUUAUGAUUACAUGGAGAAGCAUGAGGAGAGGGAAUUCCUACUGAAAUUUUCAGCUAUGGAGAUAUAUAACGAAGCAGUUAGAGAUCUUCUCAGUUCUGACAAUAGCCAUCUUAGGCUUCUUGAUGAUCCAGAGAGAGGAACUAUUGUUGAAAAGCUCACCGAGGAAACAUUAAGGGAUGAAAGCCAUCUUAAGGAGCUUCUUGCUAUUUGUGAAGCUCAAAGACAGAUAGGCGAGACCACAUUAAAUGAAGCAAGCUCCAGAUCUCACCAGAUACUCAGACUGACAAUAGAAAGCUCGGCUAGAGAAUUUCGUGCUAGCUCUCUUGCAGCCACUGUGAACUUCGUUGAUUUGGCUGGUAGUGAACGAGCUUCUCAGACAUUGUCUGCUGGGACAAGGCUGAAAGAAGGUAGUCACAUUAAUAGGAGUUUGCUUACUCUGGGAACUGUCAUUCGCAAGCUUAGCAAUGGAAGAAAUGCUCAUGUUCCUUAUCGAGAUUCAAAGCUGACACGAAUAUUACAGAAUUCACUAGGGGGUAAUGCAAGAACUGCCAUCAUUUGCACAAUGAGCCCUGCAAGGAGCCAUAUUGAGCAAACGAGAAACACACUUUUGUUUGCAAGCUGUGCAAAGGAAGUAGCUACCAGCGCACGUGUCAAUGUUGUCAUGUCAGACAAGGCGCUCGUAAAACAUUUACAGAGAGAACUUGCAAGAUUAGAAGAUGAACUGAGAUAUGUCGGCUCGAUCCACAAAACAACUAAUACAGAUGAACUGAAGGUGAAAGAUGAACAGAUAGUAAAGAUGGGAAAAGAGAUAAAGCUGCUAAUUCAGCAGAGAGAUCUUGGUCAGGCUCAACUUGACAAUUUGCUUAGAUCCAUUGGGGAUGAUCAAGCGUCGAGACGAUUGGAGGAAACCAGAGGAUUAUCAAUGCGACAUAUACGCAAUCCUUUUGAUGAUGUUCAUUCUUCAAGACACUGGGAUGAAUCCAGCCAACUGUCUGUUUAUCGUGCCGGUACUUCAGAAGAUGAAUCAUUGACAUCCGAGGCCUCGGGAAUUUGUUACCAGAGUCCAGAAUUUGGAAUUUCAAAGUGCCGGAUACCGCAUUCGAACAAUUACUAUGAAGCCAAUCUACAGUCGUCGGCGAUAACAAGGUUGUCUGAAACCUCAGUGGGCAUAGAAAGAUACAUUGCUCAAAAUGCUUCUCGAGCUCCUGAGAUUGCUUCUGAAACUUCUGAAGAUCACUGCAAGGAAGUUCAGUGUAUUGAAAUGAAUGAUUUGAAUGUAAAUAAGGAUGAGUUUAGUCUAUUGUUAGAUGAAGACUGUGACAAUCUGAUCCCCACAUCCUUUGUUGCUAAAGCAAAAGCGGCUCAAAGUCUGAAACAUCAAGUGGGAGUGAGACGAGCUUGCAAAAAUCUUGUCAAACCAGAUAUCGAUGAACCAACUCUAUGGCCUUUUGGGGAGGAUUUUCCUAGCUUUAGAUCCUCUUCGCCUUCUACAAAUCUUAGGGGAAAACCAGGACCUUGUUCAGAUUAUUUUGGCCGCCAGAAUCUCGAGGAAAAUAACAAUGCACCUUACAGCUCGGCUAAGAAGCUUUUGAUAAGACCCGAAGAUGCCUCAACUGGAAAUUCUUCUAUAAGUUGUGGCUCAGAAACUGAAGCACUUUUUGGAUUGUUUAAGAAAUCAGAAUUUUUUUCGGAUGAGGAGGUCAAAUUUAAAGAUUUCAAGGUUCCUGAGAAGUUACCCAAACUUCAGCAUACUAGAAAUUGCGAAGAUAAGCUUAGAGCAAAGCAUUGUAAGACUCCUUCUGAAGUGGACAUUCCAAGCAUUUCGAACUUUGUUGAAGGAAUGAAGGAAAUGGCUCAGGUUCAAUGUCAGAAACAAUUGUCAAAGAAACGGGAGAUGCAUGAUACCUCCUUUGACAACUAUAUGUUUGAGAAAACUGCAAGAGAUUCCAGUACAGGCCUAUUGAUACGUUGCACAGAAUCUCCCUCUCAGUGGCCUUUGGAGUUUGAAAAACUACAGAGAGAAAUUAUUGAACUCUGGGAUGCAUGUAUUGUCUCCCUGAUCCACAGGACUUAUUUCUUCCUACUCUUUAAAGGUGAACCUGCUGAUUCUAUUUACAUGGAAGUGGAGCGUAGGAGGCUGUCUUUUCUCAAAAAGAUGAUAUCUCAGGACAAUGGAAAUGACACUCUUUCUUCAAGCAUAAAGAAUCUUCGACGUGAGAGAGAUAUGCUCCAUAAGAGGAUGCUGAAAAAGCUCUCAAAGGAGGAAAGGGAGGCUCUUUACCGCAAAUGGGGCAUCAAAUUGGCCUCUAAGCAGCGUAGAAUGCAGCUGGCUCGGCUGCUAUGGACCAAUACAAUGGACAUGGAACAGAUAAGAGAAAGUGCUCUACUUGUGGCAAAGCUUAUUGGUCUCCUUGAACCAGAGCAGGCUCUCAAGGAGAUGUUUGGACUCAGCUUCACACCACAUAAGACUCAUCGUAGAUCUUCCAGCUGGAAGCAGAUAUCUUCUUUCAGAAAGUUGUGGAUGCUGCAUCUAGUUGGGGUGGCUGUAGCUAUUUGUAAAAAUAGUUGUGGGGUUGCUACUAAAAAAUAG